GAGGUCUGAUUUUACAUACAUCACACUUCCACAUUAAUCCCUGAUUUGCAACUUUUUUAUUUCAUGUUCUGCAAUGAUGUAUCUAUGAUAACUAUUAUGUAGUUGUUUUUGGAUAUUCUCUAAAACUGAAUUAUAGAUUUGUUUUCAACUUUGUGCACAGCUGAGUAUUUCAGGAAGUCAAAUGUGUGAAAUUGAUUUUACCGUCUGCCCACUUGUGUGGUUGUCAGCAUCUGUGUUUUGCAGAAGAUGCCCAUGUGCCAGGAAGAAAAGCUCACUUUCCCCGCCAUUCUUUAGACUGUGAAAUUCAGUGAAAGAUGAAUCAUUAAUAUGAUCUAAUUUCAUAUGAACCAUGCAUGUGUUUGCCCCACAAACUAUAGAAACCUGCUUUAGCCAAUCAGAGGAGACUCUGCUGUGUGUAUAUAGGGAGUGUUUGAGUCGAUGAGAGUUUUAUACUGUAAUACUGUAUAGCAGAAGACACGCUUUAAAGAAGUUUACCUGGACGAUCUGCAGAUCAGGAAAAAUAAAAUCAAUCAUCUGACACACACGGUGAAAGAGAGAGAGAGAGAGAGAUUGAGAAAAAUGCCCAAAUCCUGCAUGUUGUGUUUGAUUCUUGCUUUGACAGCCCUCACAGUUUGUAGAGCUCGUCGCAAGCGACACCUCAAAAACUCAGAUGAAUCUGUUUCUUGCUUCGAUGGAGACGGACGGCUCUACCGGGGCUCUGUGUCUGAGUCUGCGAGCGGGCAAACGUGUCUGAGGUGGAAUUCAAGACUCUUGCAUGAUAUCAAUGGACACAGUGGAAAACAUGACCAGAGACGACACAACCACUGCAGAAAUCCAGACAACAGCUCCAGACCCUGGUGUUAUGUACAGACACGGUUUAGGAUUAGGAGAGAAGACUGUGAUAUUCCCCGCUGUCCAAACGACGAUUGGCAGUGCGGCCUGAGGGAGGAUCGCCUCAUGAAGGUGGUGGGCGGAGGUUUGAGCACGGUACAGCGACACCCCUGGAUGGCGGCGGUCUUGACGAGGAAAUCUGAGGUUGACAGUUUAAAGUGUGGAGGGAGUCUCAUAUCACCCUGCUGGGUCCUUACAGCCGCACACUGCUUUUCUGAUGGUCCUCAGACACGUCUCAGUAAACUCUCAGUAUAUUUGGGGAAGAAUGCGUUAAAUGAGACGGACCUGCAGAGAGAGCAGAAGUUCAGAGUCUCUGAGCUGAUCAUCCAUGAAAAUUUUGACAACACAGACGGCAACUACAAAAAUGACAUCGCGUUGUUGAAGAUUCAAAGUUCGGAUGGUGGAUGUGCUAAAGAGUCCAGCUCAGUGAAGACGGUUUGCAUUCCUGAUCCUAAACGCACGCUCGUUGACCAGACGUCUUGUGACAUCACUGGAUAUGGGAAAGAGCAUCAAGGGUCAUGGCAUUACUCUCAAUAUCUUAAAGAAGGAAAGGUCAAUGUAUUGUCACAUGAUCUAUGCUCCAGUAAAAUAGUCUACGGUAACAUGAUCACAGAAAACAUGUUGUGUGCUGGGAGUAAAGACUGGAGUACUGACUCCUGUGAGGGAGACUCUGGUGGGCCGCUGGUGUGUGAUGUCAGCGGUCGUGCGUUUCAGUUCGGUGUGGUGAGUUGGGGUGAAGGAUGCUCUCGAGAGUUUCGUCCCGGUGUUUAUACAAAAGUGAGCAACUAUUACAACUGGAUCCUGGAGAAAACCGGCCUGUCUUCACUUUCACCAGCAUAAAUGAAUAAAUAUAAAUGAACUGAUAUAUAUCACACAGGCCAGUUAUUCUGACAAUUAUUUAGCCAUUUUGAGAUGAUUAGCUGUAUCCAAUAAAUUGUGCUGGUUUGACCUGUGUGGUCAUUAACAUAUAGAUCAUAUAGAUUUCUGUUUUUAAUGAGUUUAUUGUAUUAAAGAGCCAUUUAAUUUUGCUGUGAUUUAAUAGUAAAAAAAAACAUAUCAGACAAAUAUUAGACAAAUAUUAGCACAGAUAUAGUGCACGUGUUUUAUAAAGCACAUUGUCUUAUUUAUUUGUGAAUAUUAUUUGUGAAAUCUGUGAAAGCAAAUUUGUGUCUGUUCCUGGUAAUCCCUAGUGUGUGUAGGGCAAACAAAGAUAUUAAUACCAGUAUUUUUUUGUACUUGUGGGGACAUAUUUUGGUCCACAUGAGGAAACAAAUAUAUAUCAAACAGAAAUAUUUUUUUUUAAACUAAAAUAGCACAAAAGUUUUCUGUGAGUGUGUGCGUGCAUGCCUGCAUGCGUGUGUCAGACAGGAUCAUUGGAACAGCUGUGAAUGUGAAUUCCCCUCCUGUUAUUAAGUGUAAAAGUCACAUUAUAACAGCUGGGCUUCAGCUUCCAUUGAUCACAUGACCAUCACAGUUAAUAACACAGAGGUGAUGUCAUGUCAUUGGAUCAUACAGUGAUCCAUACUCAUUCAUUUAAGUAAUGUUUCUAAAUAAAAAAUAAACAUUUCACAGAUGCUCUUGACCAAUUAAUGAGUUAUUAUUUAAUCCAGUGUUAUUAUUAUAAUAUUAUUUGUAUUGAUCUAUUUAUGCUUUAAAAUUGUUGAUGAUUAUAAAUCCAAAACAGGUUUAUAUAAGCUGUCUGUUUAGUAGAGCUGGGUGAACUUUCUCUGUGUAGGAGUGCAGUAUUAUAUUAAAACACAAGAUGGCACUGUUUAGUAUGUAGAGAGAAGUUCAUAAACGUGAGACAACUUACAGAAUGGCGGAGUGAAAAUGGAAUUGUGUUUUAUACAGGGUUCCCACGGGGCCUUGAAAUCCUUGAAAGUUUGUGAAUCUGGUGGGGCCAUGGGAAGUUUUUGAAAAUAUACCUACACACAUUCAAGCACUUUCAAUGACCUGUAUUUAUUUUAUGCAAGAAGUUUUCUGGAAAAAAUCCAUAUUAUUCCCUGUGUAUUGUAGGAUAAUAUCUUAAAAAUUCUAGACUAUUUAAGCACAUGUGCUAAACUGUUCGCUUUAAAUGCUUAUAUCUUCUGUAUAUGAAUGUUGAUUCAUACCAAAAUGCUUUUUUGCAUAGUUGUGUUUGACACAUGAAAACGUCACGGGUUACUUUUGUAACUGUUGUUCCCUGAGAAGGGAACGAGACGCUGCGUCUCCCUUGCCAUACUUUCUGCGUCCCUGUAACUCCGUCUUUGGCAAUAUUUCAGAUAGGGAUAUACUUACUGACUCCCGCGUCACCCUGUCUUUGUCGUUAAGCCUCACCUUUGGUUUAAUUUUAUAGACACACUUACCCCUGGAGGCGUCCCCAAAGUGUCACCGCAGUGAUGCAGCGCGAGUUCCCUCAAAAGGGAACUGUAACAAUGUAUCUUAAAAGGUAACACGAUGUAACCUUGCUCUCACUUGAAAUGUGUCCCCACAUUUAGUCCUUGAAUUUGAGGGUAUUGGACCUGGAAAGGCCCUUGAAUUUGAAGUUAACUAAGGUGUGGGAACCCUGUUUAUAGAAACCAAAAUCAUUUAAGAUUUACUACAUGUGCUUUUUGAGGUCACAAAAGGUUUUUAUUUUCUACUUGAUAUAAAAUGAAUGUCAGAAGAUAUGUAUGCAGCUCUUGUAACACAUAGUGACCAAAAAUAUAAAUCUGUUUCUAGCUUUAGAAGACUUUGACUACAGUGCAUUAGUUGUUGUGAAAUCCAUUCAGGUUA